AUGGAGCAGCUGCCAACUCGGGAUGCACUUCGAAAAAGACUAGUUCAGAUUGAGUCCGACGCGUGUUCUCUUUCUGAAGAGGUUGCUGAGACUGAUGAUCACUUAUUCACAGCUUGUAGUUUCGCUUGUGAAGUUUGGCAGGACAUUAUGGCGUGGUGUCGCCUCCCUCCGUUGUUCGCAUUCUCAAUUAGUGAUAUCAUUUUGUACCACAAAACAGUCAAAGGAAACAAGGAGCACAUCAAAAUGGUGAAGCCUAUCAUGCUCUUGGGGUAUUGGUCGCUUUGGAAGGCUCCUAAUGAGUUGAUUUUCAACCGAAUAAAGACGAAGGCUGCGAUGAUAGUUCAACAAGUAAAAGCUCUAGGAUUUCGCUGGAUAAAAGCCAGCUCUAAGAGAGGCCUGAUGACGGAAGAGCAAUGGCGUACAUUCGAGUUCGGAUAG